AUGCAAUUUCCAAGUGAAUUUAGUGAAGAAACAAAGAAACUUCUUUCAUUUUGGCGUGAUAUUAUCCUUGAAAGACAUAAAGAUGAUGAUGAUGAAAUUUUUGGUAGUGACCCUUUGUUAAUAAUUGAAUACAAUCAACCAGGUCUUCUUCGCCGAAAUAUCACACCAAAUAAUGUUGCCCAAGUAAUCAGAGGUACACCAUUAUAUGCCCCAAUUCCAUUUCCCAACGUCGAAGCCCCACCACAAUCAAAUUCCGUUUUUGCAUUCAAUCGCAUGCAAACAAUGGACAAUGCUAUCAAAAGAUUAUAUGAAGCGUAUCAUAAUGUUCUGUAUCCAAUUGUUGGGAGAGUAUAUGAAAAAGGAUUAAAUAAAAAGUGUAAAAAACAAAUUAAAACUAUAGAACCACUUAAAAAUUUAUCAUAUGAUAUAGACAUGACAUCAAAAGUUCUUCGUGCUAAUUAUGAAAUAAUUUGUGAAAAUAAAAUAAAAUUUACGAAUGAAGAAUCAAAAGUUCGUUUUGAUUCUAUCGAAGACGCUAUUAAAGAUUUUGCGGAAGGCAAAUUUUUGUUGGUAGUCGAUAAUGAAGGCCGUGAAAAUGAAGGAGAUCUAAUGAUUGCCGCAGAAAAAAUGAUUACAGAAAAGAUGGCAUUCAUGGUUCGACACACUGGAUCAAUUACAAUUACUUUAAUUGUGUUACAUAAUACCGAGAAAAUGAAGACUGCAUAUACUAUAUCUGUAGAUUAUAGUCAUAGCACGACAACUGGUGUAUCGGCACAUGUUCGUGCUUUGACGGCACGUUCACUAGCAAAUCCCGAAAUCGAUAAUCCUGAUGAUUUCAAUCGACCUGGUCAUAUAAUUCCAUUAAGAUAUGCCGAAGGUGGUAUAUUAAAAAGGAUUGGUCAUACUGAAGCAUCAAUAGACUUAUGUAAAUUGGCCGGUUUACAACCUGUUGGUGAAAUAGUUAAAGAUGAUGGUUCGAUGACACAUCGUGAUGAUUGUCGCGAGCUUGCUGAUGAACAUGGAUUAAAAUUGAUUAGCAUCGAGGAUAUUAUUAAAUAUCGGUAA